GGAGUCAGUAUUUUCCUGGUCGGUGUAGUGUCAGCCCACACGUCCCCGGGAUCCCCAUCGUGACUCGCCUCAGCUCCCCUGAGUUGUAUCGUGAUACCCCAGUGUUGCAUAUAAACAGCUACCUUGAGGCCGAGGUGCCACCAGUGUGGUGCAGCAAGAGGGAGACAUUUUCAUCGUACAAAUUUUAAGCUGUAGGUCAGGAAAACGUCACAUGUGAUCUUCAGUAUUUGGUCACCACUACCAAACAUGCCGUCCUACUCCUACAAAGUUAAUGACCCCAUCAGUCCCAUAUCAUAUAAACAGCGAACAGUAUCCCCGCCGAGCAAUACUACGACAGGGAACGGAACUGCUGAACAGCAAACCAAUGGCUAUGCUGCCAAUGGCACAGAGGAACGCUGGAGACAAAACUAUGUGCCAACACCGUAUGAAUCUUACAAGACCAAUGGAAAUGGAUCCACCCAACCCAUGGAUGCAGAGUCUGGCUCAUCAGAAGAAGUUGGAAGGGGACACUGGGGAUCCAAAGCUGAGUUUAUGCUCUCCUGCAUUGGCCUGUCUGUUGGCAUUGGAAAUGUCUGGCGAUUUCCAUACCUUGCAUAUGAGAAUGGGGGAGCGGCUUUCCUCUUCCCAUACAUCAUUCUGCUAGUGUUAAUUGGAAAGCCCAUGUACCUGAUGGAGACAGCUUUGGGACAGUACAGUCAAUUGGGACCCAUGAAUGUUUGGCGCUGUGCCCCGGUUAUGCAAGGUGUGGGCUUUGCGAUGGUGAUCUUAUCCCUUAUCACAGCCAUAUACUACAACCAGCUCAUGGCCUACACACUCUACUACAUGUUUGCAAGUUUUGCAUCUCAGGUCCCGUGGGCAGAUUGUGAUCCUAAAUGGGCUGAUGAAAAUUGCUUUAAAGUGGGAGGAUUGUACCCGUGUGCCCGGUACAAUCUUUCCAGUCCAACUGAUACUGUUAACUGCACAACAAAAACUGAAUCAUCAGCAACUCAGUUUUGGCAGAGAGGUGUGUUGCGUUUGGACAAGGGUGGCCUUAGAGAAUUUGGUGACAUUGGUGAGAUCCAGUGGGACUUGACUCUGUGCCUCCUCCUAUCAUGGGUGAUUGUGUUCCUCUGCCUGAUGAAAGGUGUCAAGUCAUCAGGAAAAGCUGUCUACUUUACUGCUACUUUCCCUUAUUUUAUCCUCAUUGCCUUGCUCGUUGUUGGGGUGAGGUUAGAAGGAGCAAUGAAGGGCCUGAAAUUUUUAUUUGUACCUCGCUGGGAUGAACUUUUCAGUAUAAAUAUCUGGAGAAAAGCAGCUGAACAAAUGUUUUUCUCACUAUCAGUGUCAUGGGGUGGACUGAUAAUGUUUGGAUCAUACAACAAGUUUAGAAACAAGGUUCACAUUGAUGCGUUCAUUGUGUCAUCACUGGACUUCAUCACCUCCUUGAUAGCUUCUGUUGCCAUCUUCUCUGUGCUGGGUGCCAUGUCUAAUGACUUGGGGAUUGACAUCAGAAACCUUGCUGCCUCUGGUCCAGGUUUGGCCUUCAUAGUUUACCCAGAAGCUAUUUCCCGUACACUUCCAAUCCCUCAGCUGUGGUCAGUCCUCUUUUUCUUCAUGCUGUUUACACUUGGACUUGAUUCAGAGUUUGCCCUUUUAGAAACUGUGUUGACCGCCAUCUAUGACACAUUCCCAAGGUCACGUUCCCACAAACUUAAGUUAACUGGUUUAGUUUGUGUCUCCUGCUUCCUUAUGGCUAUACCUCUCUGUGCCACACUUGGCCAAUAUAUCUUUUCCCUGAUGGACACAUUUGGUGGUGGUAUUGGAGUGCUUCUCAUUGCUACCUUUGAGUUGAUAGCACUGCACUGGGUGUAUGGAGUGAGGCGUUUCAGUGAUGAUCUCAAGUUCAUGAUUGGAUACAGUCCCUCCAUGUUUUGGAAAGUCUGCUGGGUUUUUAUUGCACCAGUGUCUCUUAUAGUUUUGUUUGUUUAUUCAGCUUUUGUAUGGGAAAAUCCCACAUAUAAUGGAGUUGAAUAUCCAGAUUGGGGAAUAGCUCUUGGCUGGUUUUUGGCAGCAAUAUCUGUGGGCAUGAUCCCUCUGGUAUUUGUCCUUACCUUCUUGAAGAUGCUUUUUACUGGGAAAAUCAGAAAUCUCUUCAAACCAGCUAGCAACUGGGGCCCCGGCUGCCCAGAGGCACGGAAAAUGCUUCUGGCAUCUCAUGCAAAUUUUGAUAUGAAUGAAACUAAAUAUGGUAUUGAUAAUCCUGCCAUGGAUAGUAGAUAUUAUGCACAAUAGUUUUAAAAAUACUUUGGCAUCUUUUAAGAUGAUAUUUUAUUAUUUUUAUUGGUGUGUGUGCAUGUGUGUGUGUACGUGUGAAUGUAUUUGUAAUGACAGUGAUGUUUAUGAGGGGGCCUGCUCACACUCAUCUGUCUUUGAUAGUCCCAUUUAGUCAUGGACGCCAACUAUAAACCAGAGGACAUUGCUGUCAUGGCCAUUCCUUAUAUAGGUCUCCUUAUUAGGAAGUAGGCAUUAGAUAUGAAUUAUUAUUUUUACCGUGUGUGUGUGUGUGUGUGUGUGUGUGUGUGUGUGUGUGUGUGUAUAUAUAUAUAUAUAUAUAUAUAUAUAUAUAUAUAUAUAUAUAUAUAUAUAUAUAUAUAUAUAUAUGUAUGCACACUGUGUGAGGUUUAUUUCUUUUAUUAACUUUUACUUCAUCUUUUAUAUAUAUUGUGUGAAGUUUUACCACCUAUUAUUUUACUAUCAUUUCGACAAUUUUUAAUGCAGUUAACUUAAAUGCCCUUUUUAUACCUGACUGAAUCCCAUCACAUUUAUUGGAACACCUAUGUAUUGUCAUCUUGUCCUAAAUUAGGGAUCUACACACACUGAGAUUCUUGCUAGCUCAAUUAGGUGAAAUUAGCUACCAAAUAUUGUCUUCCAAAAUGUCUUCUAGUGUUAUAUGAUUAAGUGCAGUAUUCAUUUAGUAUAAUAUGCUCAUAUAAGCCUUUUAUUUUGACCAUAAUAAUUUAAAUAUAUGUAUUUUUGUAUAGUAUCAUUACCAUACACACACACACACACACACACAGUCAGCAACAUUCGUAUUUAGAAAUCCCACUGACAUGAGUGCUAGUUUGUACAAACUGGCAAGUUUUGCUUAAAACAAACACAGCCAUUUUGUUAGCCGAAACAAGGAGUGCUCACAAAAGAUAACUUUCCCUGUCAUAUACACUAAAUCUGUUAUUCUAUACCUUUAAAAACAUAUGAUAGGCCCACUUACCUCUUUCCAUGUAGAAGUUAUUUUCUCAUGGUGGAUAUAUUUCAAGGCUGAGAAGGGCAACUUGCCAGUUUGUACAAUGCAGCACUCAUGUCAGUGAGAGUUCUUAACUUAAACACACACACACACACACA